AUGGAAGUAACUACAGAGAAAGGUAUGGCUGAUAGAGUCAGGAAUUAAACAGCAGGUUGUUCAAAAGUUUGAUAAUGCUGGAUUUAUCUAGUGGAUACUGUUUCCCUAAUACCUGUCUACUGGAUUGUGACUUAUCCAGGUGUUAGUGUCUACAAAACAGGUGAAGACUUGUGUGGAAGAGAGCAAAUUCAGCAAUUAAAAAAAUUCAAAUACAUGUACUGUGAGACAAGGGAAUCUGCUUGUUUACUGUCUCCAGUCUAGUUGUUUCCCCCUUGACUUACUGGAAAGGGUUUACUCUCCAUCUAAAUUAUCAAACGAAACGUCCUUUUGUGCACUAUGAUUGGCUAGCCUUGAUGUUGAAUAAAACUUGCCAUUGAUAAAUGAGCAACCAUUUUAAUUGUGUGAAGGAGUUUUUUUUCAUCCCCCUCCCCUAGGAAAAUUAAUUUAAUGUGGCUAAAUAUAAUUUAGGCAAAGUUAACCUCGAAGUAAUGCUGGUCAGCAGUUUCCCCAGCUAUACUAGGGGUGGCCUGAUGCCUCUAGCGGGGGCACCUCGUUACUUAUAUACGCAGUUGCUUGCGUGCAGUUCUUCGCAAAGUGUUGUUGCAAUAGCUUGCUGUUUGCGUGCCGUUUUGUGCUUUGGUUUUUUCCCAUCCCUCCCUCCCUCUUGAGGUAUGGGCCAGGUAAGUAUUGGUCGGUAAGUAUUCCACUGAAUUGUUCAGUAUGACAGUGCCUGGUGGGGCCCCUCGCAGGGUUUCCAUGGAUACCUCCUCCUCAUGCUAGAGCAUAGCCCGGCUCCACCAACUUUGUAGGCACCAACGCCCAAGCUCAUCUAUUGGUGAUGAGUUUGACAAUAAUUAAAGCUGGGAUAAAGGCUUUUGACGUUUGCUUUUAGAUGUCAAUACAAGCAGAGGAGAAAAUGUUGUUGAACGUACAGAACUGCUGGGCUACCUUUUCAAACUGUUGGUACCUCAACCAGUGAGUUGUAACUACCAUAAACAUAUUUUUGUUUGUUGCUUGGUUCAGUAACUAAGCCUCCGCCUAGUGAUGAUCACCUUUGGUUGUAUUUUUGGGUUAGUAACGUCUACGAAGCAGCGCUGAUAUCCUCCUUCUGGGCCCCCAAUAAACAGUCUCAUUCAAUUACUGGAAAUGCAUUUUGAGUUUCCCUUCAAACUGAUUGGCAAAUCGACAAUGAAAUUUUUAACAGUCCAAUGAUGGCACGUACUCAAAUCCUGGUACACAGGUGGGGACCCAGAACAAGAAUUUCAGCCCUGUUUCACAGAAGGACUCAACCAGAAGUUUAGUUCCAUCUGUGGCACAGGCUAUUUAUGUGUUUGAGCAAUGGGUAUGAAGUAAUUUUCCAAUAUACGCUCUAAUCUUACCUAGUCAUGGUCUUCUGUUGUGCCUGAAAACAAUUUCAUUCAGCUCUACCUUCAAAUAACCUGGACAGGUAGUUAUUCUGUUGUUUCAAUAUUAUAGAAUAUUUGCUGCUCACCAUUUCAUUAAACAUUACAUGAUUAUAUGAAGAAAGUUAAAUUUCAAUGCAGCAUGAUAAAGAAGGCCAGGCUGAAGAUAAUUUAAAUUUGUUCGCAUAAGAACACAGCUCAUUGUAAAUUAAUGUGACAAAUUAAUAUAACAAUAUUAUUCUUUGAGCUUAUUGGACAUGGCAGUUACAUGAUUUUCAUAAUGAAGCACAGUAUGUACCCUUCCCCUCCUUCAAUAAAAAUUCUGAUUCUCGGGUCAUGAAUUCUUGGGUAAUCUUCUCAGAAAGAGAUGUUUUUGUAAGAGUGACUUCUUGUUUUGAUUUUUUCUAGAAAGAAUCUAUGGUUGUUACUUAUGCUACACUGCAAGUUUUAAUAUCUCUGUCAAGAAAUUGUGAAGUAAAGUAUUGUACAAGGUUUGUUUGUUAGUAAUUAUUACUGCAUGUUACGGGAUAAUUUACUUUUGUGAUUCUAGUAAAAUUUUUGGUCUACUAGACUCAUGAUUGCAGUAAUGGCCAGGGUAUGGACAGGUAUUUUUAGGAUCUGGGAUUUGACCAGCAUUAUAUUUAUAUUUAUUAUUAUUAUUAUUAUUAUUAUUAUUAUUGUUGUUGUUACAUGGCAUAGCGUAUAUAGGAAAUUUUUCUAUCCUCAUGUUAUCUUUUAAUUUUCCUCCAAUUAGAAUGUUGCCGUUACUGUCUGAGAGUCUGCUUUCUCAGUGUCUGUCCAGGGACUGGUGCUUAACAUCACUGUCAUUGGUCACAUCAGUCCUUACCCCUCUAAUACGACACCAAGGCAUAGUGAAAAGGCUGUGUUCUCAAUCAGGUAAAUGCUUUAUAAUAUUAUAAUAAUCUUGAUUUAAAUUAUCGGCACUGCCGGCAAUUUGACUGUAUGUGAAAAGUAAAUUCAGGGUUGUCACUAAGAUUUCUAGUUGCCAGCAAAAUAAAUACAAAAAGUAGGCAGGGAAUCAAACAGCUAGGGAUUUCUUUUCUUUCUAUUUUUCUUCCGUUUUCCUUUGAAAGUAGCCGGGGAAAAUCCCUAGCCCUCACCUCUUAGUGACAGUCCUGAAAUUAUUAUAAAUCAUUCAAAUGUCAUGAUUGAUUCAUCAGUAAGGGGUUUGUUAGGGGCGGAAUGGAACAAUGGAACAAACAGUGGUGUAGACAGGUGUUAUUUUUUCUGCACCUUCCCCCAUUGCGUGUGUCUGGUGUUCCUCACUUGCUUUGUGCUUGCUUUUGCUCACCCAAAAAAAGGAAACAAUAACAUCUGUUACGCAGGCUAGCACUUUGCCAAAAGUGUUCAAAAGCUUGCUCAUCACUAGCUAUGCUAGCACAAGCACAAGCAUAUCAGAAGAGUAAGCAUGAUGCAAGCAUACAAUUUAAACAUAAAUAUGAGCAUUACAAGAAGGUUAUGUACUUGUUGGCAUGGUUGUCACAUAAGCAUAAGCAUAAGCAUAAGCUAAACAUAAGAAGAACGCAAGGUUUUGAUAUAAAAAAAAAAAUUAUUGUGUCCAUGCAUAUGGUUAUGUAAAGGCCAAAGAUCCACACUAGUGCAUAAGCUUCUUAUGCUCUAACUUAUGCUUAUGCUUGUAUCACUAGUGAGGACCAUGCUAUGUUUAUGCUUAUGUUCAAGAUAUGCUGUUCCUUUACCCCUUUAUAUCUUUAGUCCUUGUUUUUAAUUGCAUGCUAACGUAAGAGGUUUCAUUGUCAACAGGUGAAUGCAUUUUACUGAAGAUCUACCAGGGCUUGCUGUUUAGACCAGAAGAUGUUUCUGUCCAUGAUUAUCAACAAGUUCAUUUACAGGUACCAAAUAAAUAAAAUGAGACACAACAAUCAUGAUAUCAUUUUGUAAAACAAUACUUGGUACAUUUAAUCCAGCUCUGUUUUGUUUAUGAAGCCCCUACGGUAGUGGUUCAAAUUUUUCUGUUGCAUUUAUUUCAUUCCUCAGAUUGUUAGCUUUGUAAAUAACCUCCUUUCAAACAAUGAUGCAUCAAUUUUGUUUUUUCAUCCGGAGAGUGAAUGCCACUGCAAUAUUGAGGUGAGAAUCUACCUAAUGGUAAAUCUUAAAUUUCAGCCUGCCCUUUGGAUGAGCAUUGUCAGUCUUAGUUAAUGAUAUAGAAUAACAUAGCUGAACCCUUCCCUGUCCUGUUUGGCAAGUGGGCAUAAAAAGUUACUCGUCCACCAAGAAAAUCUAUUUGUCCCAAACAACCAGACAGGAGUUUUUAAGAGAUCAGCCCUUGCCCCGGUUCGGGUAUUCAUCUCCGUGGGCUGUGAAAUUAAGCUUUAGGGCCUUGCCUUUGUCUUUUAGUUUUUCCUUGUCAUUAACAUAGAGGAGAAUAUAAGGGAAAAAAAGUUUCAAAAACACUUCUUUUAAAAAGGGCAGGCUACCUUUACCCUGGUAGUGGGAUCUAUGUUAUGUCGUAGGUCAGAAUUAAAUUCAGCUUAAAAAAUUUUGGAUCCUAGGUUGAUUCUCUAAACCCAAAUGUUUUGGGCUAGUAGACAAGGGAAAAAGAGAAUUACCCAAGGUUUAGUUAUUUAACUUCAAUUUAAUUUUGAUCUAUAACAUACUGUACUAAUACAUGGCUAGAAAGGAUCCAUUAUUUUUUAGGAGGGGUAUCCAGUCGAUAUUUCUUUUCUUUAAACUGCAGUCACGUUAUUUUAGCCAGUUUGAAAAGGUAAAGGUAUGCCAUGGAAAGUUAAUUCUUUCCUUGUACUUUGUAGCUGAUAAAGUGUCUCGUGUUGAUGUUGGAUAAAGUGGUCAGUUCCAUGGUUCAAGUUUCAUACGACACACUGUUAAAGGAUUUACAGAACCGGUGAGUGAGUUUCUGUAGAGAUUGAAAUGUUUAUGAGGUAACAACAACAACAUUCUCUUUAUAAUUCUAUUUUGUUCUUCAAUAGUAUAAUAAUUUGUAACAUAAAUUAAUGUACUAUGGGAAACUGCAAGAUAAAGGAAAGCAGUAUUAGUAAUAUAUUAAAAUAACAGUAAUAAUAAUAAUAAUAAUACUGUUAAUGAUAAUAUUAACAACAUACUUUAGGAUCUUCCAAAACGAUGCCAUUCACUCAUCUGUUGUUUAAUAUUGUUCCAGGCAAAGUCUGGUGUUGCUUCGGCAGAGUGUGUUCCUACUGGCAACCUUGUGUCUAAAUGAUCGUCUUUUUGUGGAGCAUCGCAUUGAAGUGGAACAUCAGUAUGUGAAUGUUAUCAGCAGUGUGACCAGGCUGUAUCAGCGAAUUACAGGACUUAUUUCAGAAGCGGAGGGUAAGUGAUUUUGGAUGUAAGGGUGGAACUGAUCUUGCUGUAGAGUAUAAAUGAUUGGGUACACGGAAUAGCAUAAUUGCUGACUCCUUGUCUAAUGUCAAAAUCCCCCUUUGGUUCACCAUUGCAUACAAGGCAAGUUGAGGUAAUAUUUUGCAGUUAACUGAAAGUCACUUGGGGAUAUAAUUCCAGGCACCCCUUNAUAAUAAUAAUAAUAAUACUGUUAAUGAUAAUAUUAACAACAUACUUUAGGAUCUUCCAAAACGAUGCCAUUCACUCAUCUGUUGUUUAAUAUUGUUCCAGGCAAAGUCUGGUGUUGCUUCGGCAGAGUGUGUUCCUACUGGCAACCUUGUGUUUAAAUGAUCGUCUUUUUGUGGAGCAUCGCAUUGAAGUGGAACAUCAGUAUGUGAAUGUUAUCAGCAGUGUGACCAGGCUGUAUCAGCGAAUUACAGGACUUAUUUCAGAAGCGGAGGGUAAGUGAUUUUGGAUGUAAGGGUGGAACUGAUCUUGCUGUAGAGUAUAAAUGAUUGGGUACACGGAAUAGCAUAAUUGCUGACUCCUUGUCUAAUGUCAAAAUCCCCCUUUGGUUCACCAUUGCAUACAAGGCAAGUUGAGGUAAUAUUUUGCAGUUAACUGAAAGUCACUUGGGGAUAUAAUUCCAGGCACCCCUUCAUUACUGUAGGACCCGAAAGGCCAUCAAUCGUCUUUGUUUCCUAAGAACUCUUAUGUUUCACUCACAGACCUCUCCCUUUCUUUGAUGAGUGGUUUAAGUACAUAUAACAUGUGUACCAUUGUAGAAUAAAAUACUCUGCCUUAAUUCAUUGUUAGCCUGCUGUGCAGCCAUUUUCUGGGGGGUUGGGGUUUGCAAGAACUAGAAUUCCCUUGGGUUGUGGUACACGGGGGAAUAAGUUACAGGAGGCAGGUAGGAGGGCAGGGCUAGGGAGACAGCCCAACCCUACUGAUUACACUUUUUACUCUCAUCAUCAUCAUCAUUAUCACUAUGAUCAUCAUACUUCCUCUGUCUUCAAAAUCAAAGAUAAGGGGCUUGCACAGGAAAUGAUUGGUAUUCUGUCUCCAAAAUAAAUAUGCCUGCGCUAUAGGCUAGCAUUUUAUCACCUCUGCAACCAUAAUUAAAUUUUGUUUUGUGUUUAGUUCUUGCUGUUCAAGACCUUGUGGAUUUUGAACACAUUGAUGGAAUUGAUUGGUCUCAAGAGUCUGAAGAUGAGAUUGAUGAAACCACUGAAGGAAUGGAUGUUGAUGAGUGA